CCCACCUCCCCACGCCCCGCCCCGAUGUUGGGGCUUUGGAAGAUGCAGCCGGGAAAAACAUUAACUUUGGGGCUACAUCUGGAAUAGCAUCAUCUACAUGGGCAUUCCUUCUUACAAGUUCAGAAAACCUUUGGUAACUAAUUGAUAAAAUGCAGACGAUCUUGCAAACAGAUGAAGUUACCAAUACCCAAGCUCUUAGAAAAGGAAAGCGGAAAAGGACGGAGACCAUGGACUCAGAGAACGCAAACAGUGACAUGGAUAAAGGACAGAGAGACCCCUAUUCGGGAAAUGCCUUUCUGCCCGGUGAGAGCUCCAGUGAGGAUGAAGAACCUUUAGAAGAACUGUCAAAGGAGGAAUUGUGUACAAAGAUAAAAAGCCUGAAACAAAAACUCACGAACACGCGGAAAGAAAACAGCCGACUUCGACAGUCUUUGGUCAUGCUUCAAGUGUUACCACAAGCAGUUACCCAGUUUGAAGAAUUGGUUGGUAUGGCGGACGCCGUGCUUAAGGGUAGAGGAACCGUGCUCACAUCUGCGUCCUCCCUCUGGAGAGCAACAAACAACUCCUCACCAGAGUCAUUUGCCUCCAUGUGCAGUAACUCUAACUCUAAUUCUAAUUCCAGUUCACCAGUCUCCUUGAGAGCUGAAGAAGAGCGGCACACUGACGAGAAGCAGUUCAAGAUUGAAAAAUGGCAGAUUGCCCGUUGUAACAAGAGCAAGCCUCAGAAGUUUAUUAAUGAUUUAAUGCAAGUACUUUACACAAAUGAGUACAUGGCCACACACAGCCUGACGGGUGCGAAAUCCUCCACUUCGAGGGAGAAGGCUGUAAAGCCAGCUAUGAAUCAGAAUGAAGUUCAAGAAAUCAUAGGAGUCACAAAACAGUUAUUUCCCAACACUGAUGAUGUCUCAAUCAGAAGGAUGAUAGGGCAAAAGCUGAACAACUGUACCAAGAAGCCAAAUUUAAGCAAAAAUAUGAACUCUCAGGAUAUUAAGUAGAUUCUUUUGGUACUAUAGGUAUUCGAAAUAAAGUACCUUCAGUUUUAAAUUUAACAUUGGAUUUUGUUGGAGAAUCUGCAACCUCCCUGGCAGUGAGCACAGAGAGACGUGUGCAGGGACAGGCUGCGAGACAUCUGUAACAUCGACAGACUCUCCUGAUGGAGCAGCAAGCUUGCUGAAGAAGCUGCAUGUAGAUUCUGCCCUAAAUAUCCACGAUGCAUCACACUAGAGAAUUUCUAGCAGUCCAAUAAGCAUGCAUUAUGGUUUCUUGCAUUUUUCUGUCCCUAAUGCUUCUCUGUAUAGCUAACUUAACAGGAUAGUUAUCAUAACAGAAACGUCAACCCUUAAUUAAGAUUUGUCAUAGUCCUAAUCAAUUGCUGUACAUUUAUUAUUACCAGUCAUUCUCCAUUUUAAUUUUUGAAUUCUUAGCAUGAGCACAUGUGUGGAAAAGUACAGUGAAAUAAUCACUGUUCAUAAACAGAAGAGCAGCACUGUUGUUUUAGCAAUAAAACUGCAGAAUAAUUCUGUUACUUAAAAUGUAUAAAAUAGAAAUUUAAUAAAUGA